AGAAUUUUCCAUAAUUCAGAAAAAAACACAAUUUCCCUCAAAAUCUGAAGGGCCUUAUAAAUAUAUCCUCUUUCCUCCGGUCGACACCGUCGAUUCAUCUCUUCCCUUCCCGUCUGCCGCAACCCUAAUCGUCGCCAGCGGCGUUUUCAGAGGCUACGUUUACGGUCAUCAAUGACGAAGAGGAGAGGGAAAGCGUUGAAGGGUAAAGAACGCUUGAAUCAUUCAAAAAAAGGUGCUAAUAAACUUAUUAAUAAGAAGAAGGCAAGGAAGAUGAGCAGAGCUUCCACUCUAAAAGUUGCCCAUACUGCUUCAAGAGAAGAUCUUGUUAAUGGUCCAACUUGUGCUUCAGUUUCAACUUCAAUCCCUCCUGUUGAUGAUCGGGAGAAGCACGAGAAAGUAGAGGGGAACGAAGGCACCUCUGGAUUCAUUUUUAUGUGCAAUGGAAAAACGAAGCCGGAAUGUUAUCAAUAUCGUGUUUUUGGCUUACCAAAAGGGAAAAUUGAAGUUGUAGAGAAUAUUAAUCCUGACACGAAGCUAUUUUUGUUUGACACUGACUUAAAGCUUCUUUAUGGAAUCUACCAAGCUACCAGCAAUGGUGCAUUGGAUUUGGAACCAACGGCUUUCAAUGGGCAAUUUCAAGCGCAGGUGAAGUUUAAGAUAUUCAAGGAUUGCUUGCCUCUUCACGAGAGUGCUUUCAAACAUGCUAUUAAAGACAAUUAUGAGGGUCAUCGAAAAUUUAAACAGGAGCUCAAUAGUACACAGGUGAAAAGCCUAAUUUCCUUGUUCCGCCCAAUCCCCAAGAAAUCGUUUGCUAAGAGAUCAUAUAUUCGUCCAAAUGUGGGGAUCCAGUCAUCAUUUAAGUCUGCACGAUCCAAAGAAGUGGCUAAAUCAUAUCCUCUUGAGAAACCACCGUUUGGAGUGCAUUACCUGCCGAUCCUUGAGACAGGACCUCAACAUGAUGUCCGUGGGCAUGACGUCCAUCUGGGGAAGUACAAUCCAUUUGAACCAGGAUUGCAUGUCUCUCAGUCUCAUUCACAACUGCAGCCUAGACUUCUAAGAACAGAAGCCCCUACCCGUCAUGUAGAACCGUAUCAUCCCCGUUCAAUUGAACCUUAUCAUCCUGAGCAGGCACAUGAAGCAUAUUUUCCUGAAGGAUCUUUUAGACACCCUCCAGAAUCGUAUGCAAGUAUUCGCAAUACAAUUGAGACAAAUAAUGCAGACCAUCCAUUUGUGUAUGGCCACCAGUAUCAUAUAUCACAGUUCAUGUUGGAUCGAGAUGCUGCUCGCACAGAUUACAUUCCUGGUUACUAUAGCCAAAGGCCGUCUUCUACAACUUUGCAUACUGCUCCAUUGUCACAAUCACAGAGCGAUGCACCAUCUCCAUAUCGUCUACAGGACAGGUUGACAUCUCCACAUCUUUCUUACUAUCCGACGGUGAGAGGCGGCUUGUUAUAUGCUAGUGUGCCACAAACGACAGCUUAUAGUGAUCUUAGAUAUGGUGAAUCAAAUUUGCCAUCUUAUUAUUACUCUUCAGCUGCUACGAGGCUAAGCUAUAGAUGAGUAAGCCAGCCAAUGUCAGAGCCUAAAUUUAGUUGAAACCAAAAAUACGUAUGUUCAUAUUAAUUCCAUGUAAUGAGAAGACUUGUUAAGUAUACUCGAUAUUUUAACAUACGUAUUUGUGAUAAUGUGAUUGGUUGUCAAUUCUGUGUA